AUGCGGGAGGCAAAGAUAGAACCCGACGUCAUCAGUUACAUCGCUGGGAUCAGCGCGUGCGGAAAAUGCGGGCAGUGGCAGCGAUCGUUGUCUUUGCUUCGAGACAUGUGGAAGACGAGACCGGCUCUCGACGUUAUAAGCUACAACGCCGGAAUCAGCGCGUGCGUAAAAGGCGAGCAGUGGCAACGGGCUCUGUUGCUGCUCGGCGAGAUUUUGUGGUCGAAGUCGGAGCCCGACACCAUCUUCUACAACAGUGGAAUCAGCGCGUGCGAGAAAGGCGAGCAAUGGCAGCUGGCGCUGUCGCUGCUCAACGAAAUGAUGGAUGCAAUGUUGAAGCCCAACCGUCAGCUACAACGCUGA